CUUAAUAACAGAAAAAUUGAGUACUUUUUCUUUUUUUUUGAAAGUUUUACACGCAAAUUUGAAAGAAACAAAGAAAUUAAUUCACCACUCGCACAAAUUGACAAACGGAUGGAUGGAUGGACGGACAGACGAUGUAAAAAUAAAAGAUUUGCAGAAAAUUCACCGCAAUGAAAGUUUUGAAACAUGCGCAUUUUGGCGAAUACCGACACAUUAACACACAUACUCAAACACACACUCACUUAUACACAACCAUCCAUCUAGAUAUACGUGAAUAUCUUUUCAUUUCAUACUCUAUAUACACAUUCAUUUUUGUGGAUCCUUAUAAUUUGCAACUAAACAACACCAAUUAAAAUUUUUAAAGAAUUUUUAAUAAUAUUUUCCUCCAACCAAGUGUACAAAAAAUUAUUAAAAUCGCACAAGUGAAAAAAUUUUGCUCACCCAUAAUUUUUGUGUUACAUAUCUAAAGUGAAAAAUCAAUUGAUACAUAUUUUUUCUAAACAAAAGAAGUUCUUUUUUACUACAACUACUACGUAUCCUAUUUCUAAAUAAUUUACUUUUUACAAGCAUCAAAUAAUUAAAACUAAAUACUACAAAACGAAUAAUAAUAAAAAAGUAAUAAUUAAAGCUUUAAAUAAAACCGAAUUAAUUUACACUACGAGUAGAAAUAGAAAAAAAUAAAACUGCGAACAAAAUACAUAAUAAAUAUAAUAUGUUUUAAACAAAAUCUACGCUUUUCUUUAUGAGUAUUCAAGAAAACGCAAUUAACAAACUAAAACAUAAAGUAUGUUGGAAUGUGGGUUAAUGGAUUAUUAUUUGUAAGAACAAAAAGAAGAAAAAAACAACAUCAACAACAACAACAAUUAAUUGUUAAGCUGAAAAUCUUCAAUAUAUAUUCUAUAAAUACAUUCUAUAUGUAAAAAUGAAAAAGUUUACCUUUAAAGGAGUUCUAGAUGGAUUUCGACAAACUGUUCAGCCCCAGGCCAUACGACAGGAGCAAGAAAUUCAGGAAUCUUUAAAAACUGAACAUUUUUCUGCUCGUAAGACUUUUCGUCAUGGUUUUCCUUAUUCUCCAACUGCUUUCGCAUUUGAUCCUGUUCAAAAAUUGUUAGCGAUUGGUGAUAAAAAUGGAAGUUUAAGAAUUUUGGGUCGGCCUGGGGUUGAUGCUCACGUUAAGCACGAAGGUGAAUCCGAAUGUCCUGUUAUUUUAGCGGAAUUCAUAGUCAAUGAUGGAAAAUUGGUGACUGUAACUGCUGAUGAUACAAUUCAUUUGUGGAAUCUACGCCAAAAAGUACCACUAGUUAUUCAAAGUUUAAAGUUUCAACGCGAAAGAGUUACUUGCAUACAUUUACCGGUGGCUAGCAAAUGGUUGUAUGUGGGUACAGAAAAGGGCAACAUUCAUGUGGUGAAUGUGGAAACAUUUGCUCUUAGCGGUUACGUUAUCAAUUGGAAUAAGGCAAUUGAAGUUGUUAGAGCUAGUCAUCCUGGUGCUGUGAUUGCAUUAUGUGAUAAUCCGUUAGAUGCAAAUAAGUUACUAAUUGCAUUCGAAUGUGGUCUGCUUGUGUUGUGGGACUUGAAAGGCAAGUUUGCUGAAAUGCGAUGGCAGUCGGCGGAGCCAGUGAAAUCAAUUGCUUGGCAUUAUGAAGGAAAAUAUUUUGUAUCCUCGCAUAAAGAUGGUUCCAUUUGUUCAUGGCCUACAAGGCCAACACCUAAACCUCAGUCAUUAGUAUUUCCUCAUGCCAAAACAUCGAAAGAUGGUACAUUGGAAAAAUGCAAUUCCAUUUAUAAAGUUGAUUUAAAAGCUUCUCAAUCUGGUGAAACAUUUACAAUAUUUUCGGGUGGGAUGCCAACGGAAAAAGGUGCAAAAUCCAACUGUAUUACUGUAAUGGUGGGUAAAACUACCACUGUUUUGGAAAUGGAGCACGCUGUUGUUGAUUUUAUAACUCUAUGUGAAAAUCCUUGGACAUCUGAAACCCAAGAGCCGUAUGCGAUAGCAGUGUUGCUGCAAUAUGAUUUAGUAUUAAUAGACUUACUUACACCCGGUUUUCCAUGUUUCGAAUCGCCUUAUCCUAUGGACUUACACGAAUCACCUGUUACAUGUUGCACUUACUUAACUGAUUGCCCCUCGGAUUUGGUUCCUGCGUUUUACUCUGUUGGUCGUACUACGACAUCUAAAAAAACUGGUUUCUCGGAAAGAGAAUGGCCGAUAUCGGGGGGAGAAUGGUCACCGGCGUCUUGUAGUUAUUCGGAAAUUGUUAUAACUGGCCAUCAGGAUGGUAGUUUGAAGUUUUGGGAUUCUGGUGCUGGCACAUUACAGAUUUUAUAUAAACUUAAGACGGCAAAAAUUUUUGAAAAAUCGAAAAAUUUACAAUCUGAAACCACUGGUAUGGAUCAUCCCCUGGCAAUUCAAUUAAUAUACCUCUGUUCCGAAUCAAGACGUUUAUGUGUGGCCGGUUCAAUGGGACAAGUUUUGCUAUUUAAAUUUCGCAAAGUCGAAUCCACUUCUGACGUUUUAGUUUUAGAAAUACCAAUACUCUUCGAAAACUACGAGGAUAUUUAUGGUACUAGUCCCGAAUGUGAUUUUAUUCCACAUCAAGUUCAAAAAACUGAAUCCAGUGAAUCGGAUAAGACGGAUAAUUUAUUGCGUGUUAAAGCAGGCGCACAGCGUAAACCGCCUGGGUUUCAGUCACAAUUGGUUUGUUUGACAACUGGACCAAAUCGUAGAAUCGUUCAAGUGACAUCUCUCUGUAUCAACUCAAAUUAUGGACUAAUGGCUUACGGUACCGAAUACGGACUUGUUAUAAUAGAUAUUAUACAAAAGGUGUGUUUGCUAAGCGUAGCAUGUCCCGAUCUGUAUGGUGCCCAUGAUCCUUACUCAAGAACACCAAAAAGUCCAAAACGUAUUGAAAACAAAGAUGAACAAAGUCGUUCGCCCAGUUCUGAUCAGCUCAACGACACCACAAGUCCAGAUAGUCCAUCAAUUGAGUAUAUAGCGGAGGCAAAUGAAACACUCUCAUCAAAUCAAAGUCACAGUCUGGACCAAUCGAAUUCAUCGCGACCAGUAUCGCCGGACAAUGAGAAGGGUGCUGUCGGUGGUAUAGGAACGAAAAGUCCUAUGCGUGAUGAAGUGUCUGUGCCACCCAAAGAACUACCGGAGAGACGAAUGUCCAUGUCAUGGAAGAAGAAUUUAAAGCGUCAAUUAUCAAAAGUCAAUAUGAAAAUAGGAAAAAAUAUGAACAAUGAAAGCGAUACGGCUCCAAAGAGCUCGUCCGUAUUUUAUACUCAAAAAGAAUGUUCUCCCGAAGAUGGUGAGCAAUCGCUGCCAAAAGAUCCUGUCGUGUUGGGCGUUGAAGUGCGCGAAAGUAUGACCGAAAGUAAUAUAGCUGAUGCAAUAGAUGCUCAGGCUGAAAGCGGUCUCUCCUCCGAGGAGAAAGAAACUUCUGUUACCCCAGAAUAUCUAUUCGAAACGGUACAACUAGCAUCGAAACGUGUUGAUUUUGCAAACGAUACAGCUAAUCAAAGCCCAAGACCAAACAAUUUACCACUCACGUCUACAGUUGCCGGUACAGAUACAGUAAAUCCAAAUGAUGCUGUACCGCCUAUCAGACCUCCGCGUCAAAAGUUUAAAGAAAAACGUGAUCAACGUCUACUCUCUGUACCAAAUAUAAAAUAUCAAAUGCGUGAUAUGCGCACUCGACCAAAUCGUAACGAUUCGUCGCCUUCGAUGGGCGUUGGUGCCGUCGGUGGUGUUGUUGGUGGUGGAGUUGUUGCGAAAAAGACGCACAAAGUGGAUGGAUCAUUUUCUAGAUCAAGAUCAUCAUCUAUGUCUAGUAUAGACAUGUCUUCCGCAGAAUCUGUUACAUGUUUAGCUUUCAUUGAAACCUUUGCUAAAAGAAGUGACAUAUUAUCACUGGUACCCACACUGUGGAUUGGUACUAGUUUUGGUUCAAUACUUACACUGGUGGUUAGCAUGCCCGAACGAGAAGUUCGUAAAUCACAACCGGUUUUAGUUACCAUAAAUGGAGGCCCUAUUUUACGUCUUAAAGGUUCAAUAACAUCCAUGUCAUUUUUGGAUGCUUUUGGCACAAUCAUACCCUUUUCGUAUGAACCAUGGCGAGACGAUAGUAGAGAUGCAAAAAAAGAUCGAACGCCCACAAAAAGUAGCAGUAGAACGAGUCCUACAUUUACACCAACAACUGCCAAUACAAUAUCAAAUACAACUGGUGGUAAUGUGAGUACUAGUGCUAGUAGCAGUGGUAUUAGUGGAAGUGUUAGCACUGGCCUCGAUACCAUAGCGGAUAGACAAUAUGUCAUCAUUGCAAGCGAAAAACAAACUAAAGUCUAUGACAUUGCAAAUCAAUGUUGUAUCAAUCGCAUUCAAUUAUCUGAAAUGGAUUAUGCAGUUAAAGCAGCAACUAUCACAAUGAAAGGUGGAACUUGCUUAGCAACCUAUCUUUCGAAUGGCCAUUUAAUGGUUCAUAGUCUUCCUAGUCUAAAGAUGUUAUUGGAUACAGAAUUCUUACCAAUUAUGAACUUAAGUUUUCAAACCAAAUGCAAACAGGGAAUUGUGGAUCCAAUGCUUUCCAUAUGGGGUCAACAAAUCAUUGUUCAUGAAGAUAUAACACAAAUAUCAAAAAUAUUUUGCUUUAGUAAUAAAGGUCAUGGUUUGUACAUGGCAUCACCCACCGAAAUACAAAAGUUUACAAUAUCGUCAGAGUUUUGUCAAUUUAUAUUAGAAAUGAUGGGGAACUUGUACACAGUUCAAGAGAUGCCAGAACAACCGAAGGAAAGCUUUUUUAAGGGUUUAUUUGGCGGAGGUGCUAAAAAUUUGGAUAGAGAAGAAUUAUUUGGAGAACAAAGUGGGAAAGCUAAUCGUUCUAUUGCUAAACACAUUCCGGGCCCUACUCUAGAUCAGUUAAAUCAAAGAGCUUCAACUGCAGCUUCUGAAAUAAGUCGCGCCCAUUUAUUGGCAAUGGAACGUGGUGAAAAAUUGAAUUUGCUAGAGGAGCGUGCCGAACGUAUGGCCAAUCAAGCUCAAGAUUUUAGUGGAACAGCGCAUAAUUUAAUGCUUAAAUACAAGGAUAAAAAGUGGUAUCAGUUGUAAAAUAUUUAUUAUAGGAGCCAAUUCUACUACCACAGUUAUUGUAAUAUUGCUUUUAUAACAACAAAAACC